UGGACAAGGUUCGCUAGCUAUGGUAGUGGCGUAUUCAAUGGACCCUCAAUUUGCAACUUGCAGAGAUGUCAUUCUGCCCUGCAGCACUGUUUCUGAACAACAGUGCCCACAAGAACACAGCUGAAGACUCUCCGUAUACUACCACAUGUGGUAGAGGAGGAAAGAUGUCUGUUCCCAGCGACAGGGAGCGGAUGCUGCGUCUGGAGACGCGUGCCAAGGAGGCUGACGUUACUCUCAGGCAACUCAAGAGUUAUGUCCAGCUACUGAAGCAGAAAGCAGGUUCUCUUACAACUUCUUCACUACACGAUUCUUGGUUGUUCUGUUAUAAUGCAGGUAGUCCCCAAGCAGCUGCUCAGGAGGCAGAGUGCAAGAAGGUUGAGGCAGACAACGGACGACUCUGCCACCAAGUGACGCAACUGAAGCAGAGGCUGGUGGAACUUGAAGUCAGGAACGGAAUUGAGCAGGUGCCGAGCCCAAAGCGUGUUCCUCUACUGUCUAAAGCUCAGCCAGCCUCUCCUCCAGCUGCUAAUGGAGUCUCCCCACCUCCACCAGUUACUACCAAGUCGCCCGAAGCACCUGUGAAGGGCCCGGCUAAAGAGAAGAAGGGUGGAGAGGGGGAGGGUAAGAAGAAGGGAGGGGAAGGAGAGGCGAGGGGGAAGAAAGAGAAGAAGACAGGAGAAGGGGGAGGAGCCAGUGCUGCUGUUGACGUCUCUCGACUAGAUAUGAGGAUUGGUCGGAUCGUGUCUGUAGAGCGACAUCCCGAUGCUGACACACUCUAUGUCGAACAGAUUGAUGUGGGGGAGGAGAAACCGAGGACGGUGUGCAGUGGACUAGUGGCCCAUGUCGCCAUGGACAGCAUGAACAGCCGUCUUGUUGUCGUCCUUUGUAACCUGAAACCAGUCAAGAUGCGUGGUGUGGUCUCUGAGGCGAUGGUCAUGUGUGCCAGUUCACCGGAGAACGUCGAGAUCCUAGACCCUCCCGAGGACUGUGUGCCUGGGGAUCGGGUCACAUUUCAAGGCUACACAGGUCCACCAGAUGCACAGCUUAAUCCAAAGAAAAAGGUGUUUGAGCAGGUGCAGCCCAACUUUCUGGUUAACGAGGAGGGCGUGGCUACAUACCGGGGAAUCCCCUUUGCCGUGGAUGGUAAGGGUGUGUGUCGCGCGGCAACCAUGAGGGGGACUGGCAUUAAAUAACUAAUAUUCUUUUUAUGUGUUCUUGUAAAAUUUGAUGAUGAAUGUGAGCAUAUCAUUCUUCAACAGUAAAAUGAUCGAUGACUAGUUAUGCAUUAUGAAAUCCAAACGGGUAGUGGAUGUGCCUCAGUAUUAAAAACCCAUCUAUCAAGUGGUAAGAGGUGGUCGUCGUCUGCAAACAACAGAAACAAGUACUUGAGCGUCUCUGCGAGAAAAAAGCUCUCCAUUUUGUUGGUCUUUUUCGGGACGGGGGAAUUGACGUUCCUGAGGGUGGUGUAGCCUCCACUGCGCACUUGACAGUGCUUCUUCAAGGCCUGCAGGAUCUCCCAACCCCACUCCUGGUAGACAGAGUCCCUCGUAACACGGUGGAGUACGAACAGUGAUUCCACUGUCUCUGGUCUCAACAUGUAGACAGGUGUAACAGAAUUAAAGUCGGUUCCGGAGAGUGGAUGAGUGUAGAAGAUAACUUCUUCGGGACUGAGACCGGAGGGUGACUGGUGGUAGAGCUGGUAACAGGUGUGCGUGAGGUUCCUGGCCACGUCCAGGUGGGACUUGGGGAACCCGUGGAGGUACCCGAGGGCUAGCAUACCCGGGAGAAAGCAGGAGAGGUGAUCCAUGGACGAUCGGAAGUCAGUUCUAUCAGGGGAGUAGAGUUUUGCCGGGAAAGCCAUGU